AUGAGGAACUGUUCCGUUUAUGACCUUACCGGCCAAAGUGAAUCCUGCUUUUGUUUCACAGACUCAAUCAACCCUGUUCCUCAGAGCCCGUACUUCAGGAUAGUGGGCUUCGACGUCACCAACGUGGAGCGAAAUUCCAGUACUUUGGUCAAAGCAGAAUUUCGCAUCUUCAGAGCACCAAACCCACAGGCGCGCACCACAGAGCAGCGUGUGGAAAUAUACCAGAUUCUCAAAUCUGACGACGUGACAGCACCGUCUCAGAGGUACAUCGACUCCAGAACAGUUGAGCCUCAAGCCAAGGGGGCGUGGCUUUCUGUCGACGUCACGGAGACUGUGAAGGAGUGGAUGGCCUUCAGAGAGCGAAAUCUCGGGCUCAAGAUCAGCGUUCACUGUCCCUGCUGUACAUUCAUCCCUUCCACAAACAAUAUCGUCCCUAACAAGAGUGAAGAGUUGGAAGCCAGAUUUGCAGGCAUUGAUGAUGACCUUAUAAAGCAGAACAGAAGACCAGGCAUGACUAAAGGACAGAUUGAAUUCAGCACAAAAACUCCCCAUUUGAUACUAACCCUGCUGCCCACCGACCGUCUGGAGAGUCCCACCAAGAAAAACCGCAAGAAGAGAUCAGCAGCAGUCACAUCCAUAUGCUCACGGACUGAUCAGGGCUGCUGUCUGAGGUCUCUGUACAUUGAUUUUCGUCGGGACUUGAACUGGAAGUGGAUCCACGAACCAAAAGGGUACAAAGCAAAUUUCUGUGCAGGGAACUGUCCUUACCUCUGGAGCGCAGACAACCACUACAACAUGAUUCUCCCGCUGUAUAAUAAAAUGAAUCCAGAGGCAUCAGCAUCUCCGUGUUGUGUUCCUCAGGACCUGGAGCCCCUCACCAUCGUUUAUUUCCUAGGCCGAACCUCUCGUGUGGAACAGCUCUCCAACAUGGUGGUCCGGUCCUGCAAGUGCCGUUGAAGCAGUGGAGAGGGAAGACAUAAAGAUCUCAGACAGAGGACAGGACGCAGGUGCAUUAGAGAGAGCAAACUUAACAUCUCAAUGAAAGGCAUCUUAAAGGGAUACUCCUCCCAAAAAUGAAAUUUGUCAUCAUUUACUCACCCUCACAUCAUUCCAAAUUUGUAUGCAUUUCUUUCUUCUGGCAAACAUCAAAGAAAAGGUUCUGAAGAAUGUUGCGAACCAAACAUUGGACCCCAUUGACUUCCAAUGUGACACUGAGACAUUUUUCAAAAUAU